AUGUCGGAAACAGAUUAUCAGCGACAUCGAUCUCGUGCAAGAGGCGAAGCAGCUGACACGACUCUGCCUGCAGCCAUUCAAAUACGGGUGAAAUCUCCGCAUCUUCACCACACCAACGAUCAGACAAGAUGGCUGUCUAUCUCGUUCAAAGUCAACAAUGAAAUCAAGGAGGAGCGGAUACACUGGAUAUGGGGGGAUCUUGAUUGGAUAUUUAAAUCGCCUGUUGAACUUUGCUCGAGAAAUAAGGCGUUGAUCGAGAUUAGACCAGGGCUCUCGUCGACGACCGACUCAGAGGUCUUCGCUGGGUUAACGUUCGAAGAUAUCAUUGCGUUCGCAAGGAGUCGCGGGCACGCGAUCGUAGACUUCCAACGAGACCAUCAGCUCGCGUCAAUCAUCGUGCGGGUCAGAGUUUCUAAUACUCCUGAGCGAUAUGGAUAUGAAGAUGCCCGACAAGAUGUCAAGCGGAGGGACAGCCUAAAAGACCGGGUGUCGGGUUAUCUCGAAAGGCCUUUCAGGCGUAGUGAAAGGCACGAAGUGCCACAGGACUACUGGGUGGGAGCGACCCCCUACAGCACGCCGGCUAUGCCGCCUUUCCCGACGGACUGGAGGGACCCGUCAGCGGUGUACCCUCCUGGCCCGGCCGCGCCUAUGUAUGAAAUACCGCAGCCCUGGCAAGACCCAAUGCGCCAAGUAUCACCGCAAGCUUGGGCGGACCCCGAGCCGUCAGAUACCGGGAAGAUUGAGUAUACGGUCGUGGGCACCCGCAGGCCGAAGCCUCAUUGA